CUGACGGCCGGCGUCCACGUCGUCCAGCCCUACGACUUCGGCUCCCUGGACUCAAGUCCUCGAGGCAAAAAGCGACUCUUGCGCUUGGUGGCAGCCCCUUUUCGGUCGCCACCAUCCGACUCCCUUUUGCUACCCACCGCCAUUAUGAACAUCCGCAAUGCUCGGCCAGACGACCUGAUUAACAUGCAACACUGCAACCUUCUUUGCCUUCCCGAGAACUACCAGAUGAAAUACUAUUUCUACCAUGGCCUUUCCUGGCCCCAGCUUUCUUACAUUGCUGAGGACGAGGACGGGAAGAUUGUGGGCUACGUCCUGGCCAAAAUGGAGGAGGACCCAGAUGAUGUCCCGCAUGGACAUAUCACCUCACUGGCCGUGAAGCGUUCUCACCGGCGCCUCGGCCUGGCUCAGAAGCUGAUGGACCAGGCCUCCCGGGCCAUGAUCGAGAAUUUUAGUGCCAAGUACGUGUCCCUGCACGUCAGGAAGAGUAACCGAGCAGCCUUGCACCUCUAUUCUAACACGCUCAACUUUCAGGUUAGUGAGGUGGAACCCAAAUACUACGCAGACGGGGAAGACGCUUAUGCUAUGAAGCGAGAUCUCUCGCACAUGGCCAGUGAGCUGAGAAGGCAGCUGGAGCUGAAGAAGGGCAGGUAUGUGGUGUUGGGGUCCAGGGAAACCCAGGAAUCCCAGGGAGGCACACUUCCUUGUUCCGAAAAGGAUGCUCAGAAGAACCCGGCUCCUGACGAUAGUGGCAAUGACAGCAAGGAACCCAGCGAGUCCGCGGAGAGCACCGAUGCCCCGAACAGCUCAGAAGAUUCAGAGUCUACCUUCUAGAACCUGUUAAAGCAUUGCAAUUCCUGGUGUCUCAGCCACGCCUGCCCUCUGAGCCCUGGCUUAGCCCGCGUGCUCUGCAGCACCUUUUCUGGGGUCAUCUCAAGUGACCCCAAUGCCUUCUCACUCCCAACAACAACCUCCCACAUACCCUACUGGGAUUAUAAAGGAACACCUGGAUUCAAGAGCCUUCUGCACAAGAGCGAAGAAAAUUUGAGGCCAGCCGUCACAGAACCUUCUUUGGCCCACUCACACCAGGCCGCAUUUCACUCUGUUUGUGUAGUCCCGUGUUGGCUGUGGUCGUCUGGCAAGGUUGCCUCCUCCCGGAAUGCUCAACGGGAAGCCCCUCUGCUUUCAGUUUGUGGUGUUAUUUAUCUGGGUUCUCAUCUUUGAGGGGUAGUCAGGACCAUCAAGUCAGACCCACCUCGGGCCACUUUCCUCUCCUUUCUUCCUCUUUUCUGGAAGAAGUAUUCUAUUUUACCCCCUUUUCUCUGGGAACUCAUCCUCUGUCAUUCUCUUUCCCAGUGGAAGAAAGUCAUGAGUCAGGGCUUCUAUGAUAUAACCAGAACUUGGAGAUUUUAAGAAAAAGAUAACCAGUCAUUAAAUUGUAAUAUCUGA